CGUGUGCGUCCAGACUUCAUCUUCUGAGGAAGUAGUAGCAGUCAUCAUGCCUGAUCCAGUGAAAGCGCCCAAGAAGGGCUCCAAGAAAGCCGUGACCAAGACCGCCGCUAAAGGCGGCAAGAAGAGGAGAAAGAGCAGGAAGGAGAGCUACGCCAUCUACGUGUACAAGGUGCUGAAGCAGGUCCACCCCGACACCGGCAUCUCCUCCAAGGCCAUGAGCAUCAUGAACUCGUUCGUCAGCGACAUCUUCGAGCGCAUCGCCGGCGAGGCCUCCCGUCUGGCCCACUACAACAAGCGCUCCACCAUCACCUCCAGGGAGAUCCAGACCGCCGUCCGCCUGCUGCUGCCCGGGGAGCUGGCUAAGCACGCCGUGUCUGAGGGCACCAAGGCCGUCACCAAGUACACCAGCUCCAAGUAGAGACUCCUCUACCGCCACCACAACAACACAAAGGCUCUUUUAAGAGCCACCCACUGCUACUGGAAGAGUUGUGUUCCUAAGCAUUGGAUCCUUAUACAGACUCACUGUGGCUCCGGACUGUGACAUUAAAAUGUCUGUAUCUCAUGUCUAAGAUUAUAGAUUAACUAUAUAUGUAUAAUAUACUUGUGUUACUGUUGUAUAAUAUAUACAUGUUACUUAGUUAUAAUAUAACUGUCUAAUCACAUACAUAUUCUGUUACCUCAUUUCCCUUCGUGUCAGGUUACCACUUCUCUUGUGCAAGAUAAGAUCACAAUUUCCCAGCAGGGACCAAUAAUCUUGGAUCUUAAUA